AUGAUUAUUCUCCAGCAGAAGAUUUUAAACUUGAUCAAGUGUUUCAGAAGACAAUGGCCCUUAUUUUCAAACUCGGAAAGAACUACAGUAUGUGGAGCAGAUUGCAUGCUGAUGGUAUUGCAGCUGUCCAUGGCUGAAGUUAAUAAGCAGCACCAUGGAGAUUUCACAGUAUCACUUAGUGAUGUACUGCAAACUUGGAAAUACUUGUUAUAUGACAAAUUGGGAUUAUCAGGUGACACAGAAGAACCUGAAAAUUAUGCUGACCAAAAGAAAGCCUAUGAUACCUUUUUAGCCAGCAGUAAUAUGUUAGAUCUAAUAGACAUUUAUCAGAAGUGUUAUGAACUUGCGCUUGUGUCUGAAGAAGAAAGCAUAACCCCUGUUCAAAUGUUGGAAUUUAUUUCUGGUGUAAUGAAUGUACCAGAAAAUAAUGAUUCAGUUAUCUCUCCUGCUUCUACACCAGUCAACAGACAGCACCAGGAAAAUGUGAAGCUGGCACACUUGGCAAAGAAGUUUGUUUAUUCGUAUUUAAGCUUGUUGGUGAAUUCUAAGCAUGAUCUGGCGUUGGCUCAUGUUCUAAAUGUUCCUGACAGAGGACUUGGUAGAGAAGCCUUUACUAACCUGAAGCACGUCUCCCAAGAGAGAAAAAUGUCAAUUUUUCUGAUGGCAACAUCUUUUAUCCGAACAGUAGAACUUGGAGGAAAAAGCUAUGCAACUUCAUUAUUUGAUCCUUUAAAAAGCCAUGAAAAGGGGCUUAAAAAUUUUAUURAUUUUAUUGACAAGUUGGAAGAAAUUGUUGGUGAAGUCUUGGAUCCAAGAAUUGCAGGGGGGCAAAUUCUGUCAACAGUGAAGAUGCAUUUGAUAAAAGGCCGAAGCAAUGGGGAUCCUUUCUGUCGAGCGGUAGAGGAAGUUGUAGAAAACUGGGAUUUGAAGAUUAAAAAUAUUAUCGAAUCACAACAUGAUGUCUUGACUGCCAGCACCGCUGGAGUUAGUCCAGCACGGCCAAAAUUACAUUCCAUAAACCAUGGCACUGUAUAUUGUGGCAGAGAUACUGUAAAGGUCUUACUAGUUCUUCUGGAUGAGGAAGCUGCCAAUCUGCCUACCCGAAAUAAAGCAGAACUAUUAUACGAUGAUGAAAAUUUAAGUCUGUUUGGAAUUACCUCUGUUUUGACACUCUUUAGAUCUCCAGUACAAUCUAAGGGAUUAUCUCCAAAACCUCUUAGACAUCGUGUUCAGAAAUUGGUGGAUGAAAGAAAAAAAAAGAUGAAGCAACCUUCAAUCAAAUCCCAGUUUGCAUGUACGUAUAAAGAUGCAUCAAAUGAAAGGAAGAGUCAACACUUCUUCAACAGUAGCAUGCAUCCGGCACCAAAGCAGCUUUUAAAAGAUGAAUCUCUCACAGAAGGUAUGAAUUUGUGUCUUGACAUACCAGUGCUUGGAACUAUUUCUGAAAAUGUUCGCCGGAAAAGAAGUGAAACAGAAAUGGGAAAGCUGAAUUGUCAGCCAAGAAGCAAAAACUCCAAGAAUGAGCAGAUGGAUUUGAAUAAUGGCAAAAUAAUCUGUGAUAAGGAAAGUGAGCUCUCUCUGCCAAAAAAUGCUAAAAGACCUAAAGUUUCAAACAAUCCCCAAAAGAAAUUUGACAACAAAAUUGGUGGGGUGGGAAAAGGCAGCAAAACUGCAAUAAAGAAUAAACUGAUUCCUGGUCAGGCAAAAUUAACUUAUUUUUUUCGACUAUAA